UGAAGGCAGCGUCAUCUUUCCGCUGUGCAGCGUAGCGGCGCUCUGUCCCUGCUCCACUUUUCUAUUGUCUAACCUUUACAAUUCCUCUAAUUAAUAUAUUUUUUUUUGUAAAUCAACUAUGACACGAAAACCCUUGCUCUCCAUCGCCUGCGUGCUGCUGGUGUUCCCUGUGAUGGUGCGGGUUUCAGCAGCAGACGGUCUGGUGAAUGAGGAUGUGAAGAGGACGGUGGACCUGAGCACUCAUCUGGCCAAGAUCACUGCAGAGAUAGUCCUGGUGAACCAGGGACCCGGCCCGGUGCACAGCUUUGUCAUAGCCGUGGAGAGCGACCUGGCACCGCAUCUGGCCUACAUCGGAGCCUCGGUGAAAGGUGAUGAAGAGGAGGAUGGCACACUUGAGCUCCAGCAGACAACAGUUAGGGGCCAAAGUGGUGAGUUCUACAAAGUCCAGCUGCCGUCAAGUCUGGCUGCCGGUGCUCAGCUGAAGACAAAGGUGGAGAUGUCAUUCAGUCACGUACUGAAGCCUUUCCCCACACAAAUCACUCAAGCCGAGCGCCAGCUGGUGGUUUUCCAGGGGAACCAUUACCUCUACUCCCCAUAUCCCACUCGCAGUCAGACCACACGGGUCCGUCUGGCCUCCAAGAACGUUGAGAACUACACAAAGCUGGGCAACCCGAGCAAGGUGGAUGAGGUUAUUGAGUAUGGAGCCUUCAAAGACAUUGCACCAUUCAGCGAGGAUACCCUGAAGAUCCAUUAUGAAAACAACACGCCGUUUCUCACCAUCACUAGCAUUACUCGUAUUAUUGAGGUGUCUCACUGGGGAAACAUUGCUGUGGAAGAAACCAUCGACCUGAGGCACACCGGGGCCGUCCUGAAGGGCCCGUUUUCACGUUACGAUUACCAACGUCAGUCAGACAGUGGAAUCUCAUCCGUCAAGUCAUUUAAGACCAUCCUUCCAGCCUCGGCUCAAGAUGUUUACUACCGGGACGAGAUCGGCAACAUCUCCACCUCCCAUCUGCAGGUUCUGGAUGACUCGGUGGAGGUGGAGGUCAGGCCUCGUUUCCCCUUAUUCGGAGGCUGGAAAACCCACUAUAUCAUUGGAUACAAUCUACCAAGCUACGAGUACCUCUACAUGCUUGGUGACCAGUAUGCCCUGAAAAUGAGAUUGGUUGACCACGUGUAUGAUGACCAGGUUAUUGACGACAUGACUGUGAAAAUCAUUUUGCCAGAGGGAGCCAGAAAUGUCCAUGUGGAUACACCAUACAACAUUGAUCACUUACCAAGUCAGCUGCAUUACACAUAUCUGGAUACGUUUGGCCGACCGGUCUUGGUGGCCACAAAGAACAACCUGGUGGAGCAGCACAUUCAGGAUUUUGUGGUUCAUUAUAAUUUCAAUAAGAUCCUGAUGCUACAGGAGCCUCUAUUGGUUGUAGGAGCCUUCUACAUCCUCUUCUUCACUGUCAUCAUCUAUGUUCGUCUGGACUUUUCCAUCACAAAGGAUCCUGCAGCGGAGGUGCGGAUGAAGGUAGCCUCCAUCACAGAGCAGGUCCUGACUCUAGUCAACAAACGUCUGGGUCUCUACCGACACAUGGAUGAGGUGGUCAACCGCUACAAACAGUCCCGUGACACGGGGGCGCUAAACAGCGGUCGGAAGACCCUAGAGGCCGACCACCGCACUCUCACCAACGAGAUCAGCUCGCUGCAGGCUCGGCUCAAGGCAGAGGGCUCUGACCUGGCUGAAAAGGUUGGAGAAGUGCAGAAGCUGGACGGCCAGGUGAAGGAGCUGGUGUCCCGUUCCUGCCUGGAGGCGGAGCGGCUGGUGGCGGGCAAAGUCAAGAAGGAGGCUUACAUCGAGAGUGAGAAGACACUGACAAGCAAGAGGCAGGAGCUCAUCAACCGCAUCGACAGUCUGCUGGAUGCUCUGUAAACUCUGGCACAGUUACUGACACACAGGAAAAUUAUUUGUAUGAAAAUUCGAUGAAUGUGACACAUGCUUAUGCAUCUUUUUCUUUAUCCAUCCUCACAUUCAUAGAUGAACUGUUAACAUCUCCCAAUGAUGGGUUUAUCUCAACAUGUGCCUUUUGUGUGAUAAACUUGUUGUCACUGGUUCCUUGAUGUGUACAGUACUUGGCUCCAGAACAGCUGAAAGUUUUGGCUUUUUAAUUUCUUCAGUUGAGAUCAAAACCAUCAAACUUCGUCAGACCUGAUGUUUUCACAAUCAAGUCUGGAUUUGUUUCCCCUAUGAAGUGUGCAUGGUUAAGAACAUGUUUUUGAAAUGAAUAACGGAAGGCACCUGUGUUUUUUCAUCUCUUUACUCUCCUAUUGUAUUCUGGGAUCAAAUCAUUUUUUUUGUUGGUGAGGAUAAUAGUUCCCAUUAAUCUUUAAAUAUCACUUUUUUUUCCUCCUAUUUGGCUUGUGCUGACAUUUAUAUUUGAAGCUCUGAUUUUGUGUCAUCUCCAGUGUUUCUGAUUUUUUUUACAUUUUGCAUGAAAGGCAUUUUUCUUGUAUCCUUAUUUUUCCCCCACUGAGAUUGAUUCACACUAUCAAUAACAUUUUGACACACUUUUCCAUACAAAUGAAUUGGAAAGUGUGUCAAAAUGUUUGAGUGGUAGUGUAAAUGGAUAUUAAAUGUGAUAAAAGGCACGAAAGAUGUACAAUAAGCAUUUCUGAAAUGGCCAACGAUGUGGAACACUGUCAAAGUAGAAAUAAAGUUUUGAAAAACUCCA